AUGGAAGAAGACACGAAGACACUGGAAACUACCCAUCACUUUUGGGAGAGCGAGGUGGAGCUGGUAAGGAAGAAGACCAAAGCACCGAAUGGGAAGAAGUUUCGCUACUUUGACGACAAGGGAAUCCUCAACUUUGUCUUUCUGCUAUGGAUGUAUAGAUGGAUCAGGGAAACGUCAAAGAGAUACCUGGACCCUUACAUGCUCCACCCUCUUCCACUGGCUGACCAGCUUCUCAUAUGGCAACCAAUUCUUUCUAAGCAUAUUAGUGACGGUAUUGCAAGCCUGGAAGCAUAUGAGGCUCUAAGCAAAGAGGAAAAGAAGAGUGCCAAGAAGCCUGUAAAAUAUAUACUAUUGAGAGCCCUUUUGUUAACCUUUUGGAAGAGGCUUCUGUUAAUCUUGGUGGCUAUCGUUGUUAUGAACGCCAUUAACAUGAGUGUUCCCAUCUUCCUGCACAGAUUGCUCAACUUGUUGUCAGAAAAGGACUUCAACUUCAUGACGUUUUUGUCCCUUGCACUUUCCAUCAUAAUCAUUGAACUCUUCAAGGAAAUUUGCAUGGAACACAUAAACUAUUAUUUACAAAGACUUUCAUGUGUCAUCGACUCAUGCCUCCGUGCGACAAUUGUCCAACAUGGACUCUGUUAUAGACGUAGCACAUUUGGGCACUUUUCUGAUAGCCAUAACUCUUGCAAGAGUGCCAUUCAUUGCUGUUCAGGGAAAGAUGCAUGUACUGAUAAUCCAUUGUUAUGCCCAGCAAGGCGUUACAAGAAUAAUGAGAUUAACCCAAAAGUAUUCACUUUGGCACUAAACCAACCACGUCAUGUUCCAUUUACCAUUGAGUGUAUUGCUGGAAUAAUCGACUUUCUGACAGCCUUCACAUACGGGCUCAUUGUUAUUAGUCAGCAGCUGAACAUGAAGGCAAUGAACAUUCUAAUAGUAUCUAUCUUUUUGGUACUAUGCAUAAUCGCUGUGGAGGUUACAAAUGGUUUUCUCUUUCUGCAAUAUUUUGGAAUUAGGGAUGCCAGAAUAGACAAAUCCGAAGAGGUGUUAUCUAGUCUCCCCCUAAUAAAAAGAAUGCUACUGGAUGAUAUAGGCCAUGAUAUUGUUAUGGAAGUCAGAAAUGAUGAAUUAACUAUCAUAGCUGUACGUUUCUUUUUGGCGCUAUUUAGCAAAGUUAUAAUGGCAUCAAUCACAUGCAUAAACAUUAUUAUUCUUGUUAAUGACUUUGUUACCCAAGUAAAAGAUGCUACCGAUGUAAAGGACAUUAAUCCCUCUGGAUUACUCGCCUCCAUAUUUGUUAUCAUGAAGAUCAUUUCCCCCCUCUAUAUGGUUCCGUUUAAACUCAAAUUGUUGGCGUAUGCUAUUUGUGGAAUAAUCAAUAUCGAAAAGUUCUUAAAGAGUUGCUCACCAAACUUUUACAUUCCUGAUAACAAGUUUACUGGGAAGACUACUCUACCAGAUGGACUGCCUGCUGAGGACAAGACACUGCCAAAGGGCCUAGUUGUAAUGUUCAAGAAGGCCUCCUUUGCCUGGAUCAAUAGCAGGAAGGAUCUUCUUGACAAUACUGGUACUACUUGUCUGAGAGACCUUGACUUUGUCCUCAACUCUGGUGACCUUGCCAUAAUUACCGGUGCUCAAGGUUCUGGCAAGAGUAACUUUGUCAAGGCUAUUCUUGGUGACAUGACUCUGGUUGAAGGAUCAAUGGCUGUAUUGCCUCUCUCUACUAACAUGCCAAUAUUCUAUGCUUCUCAGGACGUAUGGCUACAAAAGGGUACCAUCAUGUCUAACAUUACCUUUGGUCAUAGAUUUGAUGAGGAGCUUUACAACACAGUUUUAAAGGCUAUUGAACUUGAGCACGACAUUUCCACUUGGGAAGGAGGUGACAUGCGUAAGAUUUCUGAACAUGGUUACUCUCUCAGUGGAGGUCAGAGAGUCAGAAUUGGACUUGCUCGUGCCAUCUAUUCCUAUCUCAUAUUCAGUAAGACUAGCAGAGAAGAGAACAAUGCCAAGUGCUCCUUUUUGGUAGUCCUUGAUGAUUGUUUCACAAGCUUGGAUCCAUUCGUGGCGAAGACAAUCUUCAAGAAUCUCUUUAAUGUUAAUGAUGGAUUAUUAGCAAAGGGUGAUGUAUCUACAGUUCUGACAAUUUCCAAGCGCAUCUUGGAAGCUUGUGUAUCGUCUGAAUCUCCGGAUUUAUAUCCAGAUGCUCCAAUAUAUGCCCUAGAGAACAAUACUCUUAUCCAAGAAAACAAACUCAAGUCUUUGAUAGAGCAUGAAGUUGGUCAUCUUGAACCUCCAAAGCCUUCUGAAGACAUAGUGAAGCUUCAACCAGAGUCAUCAGAUAUUCUUAGAAGGUGCAGCUCUGAUAAUUAUACUCGUGACGGACGAAAAAUAUCAACAGGAUCCUGGUAUUCUGAUUCACCCACAGUUCAGGCAUUAUAUGAUAAGAACAACCUUAAAAAUAGCAGAAACAAGGGAUUUUGGAUAAUUGGUGUAUAUUUCCGUGCGGUUGGUUGGCCCAUCAUCUUUUUCUUUAUAUUUUCUCUCACCUUUACAAUUUUGGAUAGUACUAAAUUCAUCAUUACUUCCAAAGUAUCAGAUUCAGUCCUUGAUUAUGCAAAAGAACAUAAAGGAGCAGGAGUGUCAUUAGAGGAUGUUAAGAAAUACUGUAUUAAAGCAUUGAGAUGGAUUGUUCUUUUAUCCGUUGCUGUUAUGGUCGGAGCUUUGUUACGCAUCAUUUCAAUGACAAAAUCUUCCCUUAAUGCAUCAUGCAGACUUUAUGAAUAUUGUAUCAAUUCUCUCUUUUUAAAUAGUUCAGCGGUUAUUAAAAUAAAGAGAUCAUUAGGGAACGUUUUGACAUUCUUGUAUAUGGAUACACUCUCCAUUGACAACACGUUCAAUUACUUCCUCCACGAUAUCUUUCUCUUGUUGAUUGAAGCGAGUGUCCAUCUUCUUACACUUUUAUUCCUUGUACCAUGGGCUACUCCACUUGCUUUUGUAAUUUGCUUUAUUGUUAUUAGGUUUAUCGCAUACCAUUAUAUUAAAUCAUCUCAACAUGUAUCAUUUGCACGUAUGGAGACAUUUAAUAUCUUGGACUCUACAAUUGAAUCUGCUAUAUCUGGCCUACCUAUAUAUCGUAGUUUCAAGAAGGAAUGGGAAUUUAUGCAUAACACAAUCGAACAUGUAGAAUAUAACAUAAGGUGUUUAUACUUUUGUAACUCUUCAGUUAUUUGGAGCGCUGUGACAUUCAAAUGUUUGCUUUCGCCGCUAGCGCUGUUUAUUCUCGUAUUCCCCCUUGUUAGAUCAAGAUUGUUUGAUAUAGAGAUAAAGAUUGGUUAUUAUGCCAUGGCAUACUCAAUAUUUCUCACUGUAAACACUUAUUUUACCAAUUUCCUCAAGCUGUAUUACUUUUUUGAAAUGUGCAGGAUUUCAAUAGGAAGAUUUGAGAACUUUGUUCCUCCAAAUACUCCCGUUAAAUUCACAAAGAAAAGGGACAUUCACCGAACGGAUAUAGUCGUUGAUCAUUCUGAAAAGGAUUCAACUGAUAAGGAUGCAUUAUUGGACGAUUUGAAGAAGAGCAUUCGCAUGAGACGCAAUCUAGAGUAUAAUUCCAAGAGACCAGUAGCUUUCACCAGAUUUAGAAUGCUCUUCUUUAAACACAAGGUUAAUGUGUUUGAUGUGUCAGAGUACGUUACUCCGGGACACAACAGGAUAAAGUUGGAUAAUGUUAGUGUGUACAUCACUUCUACCAAUGAUACCAAUGAGUAUGCUAUUCUAAAGAAUGUUACUUGUUCGGCCAAUACUUCUGAUAUUAUCGGUAUUGUUGGCAGAACAGGUGCAGGAAAGUCUACCCUAUUGUCAGUGCUCCAGGGUUUGGCAAGGAAUAGAGAUGGAUCCGUUUUGCUUGAUGGUUGUGAUCUGAAUGAUAUGCCAAAGAAUGUGACUAGGCAGAUAAUCGGAGUACUACCUCAACUACCAUUUGUAUUCAGAGGCUGGACUGUUCGCCGAUUUAUUGACCCUAGAAUGUUAUUUGAUGAUACCAAUAUUGAAAUGGCUCUUGAAAAUUGUGGCUUACUCAAGUUUGUUGAGAACCUCUCAGGUGGUAAGGGCCUUGACACAGUCAUUAUACCUGAUCACUAUCAUAGGGAUUUACCAAAAUACCUAAAGAGAGCUUAUUAUGGCCCAGACUUUAAAUCGCUAGACGGUUCGUUAAGAAUCGAUGUAGAUCGCGGGAUGACACUUUCAAACUCACAGCUACGUACACUAUCCGUAGCAAGACUAGUGCUCUAUAGAGAAUUCUUCAAAGUUCUUUUGGUUGAUGAACCUCCAGAGGAUGAAUCAGGGGCAUCUAAAACUGCCGACAUCCCAAUUUAUGAGCUCAUCAAGACACACUUCCAACAUUGUACAACAUUUAUCGCAGCUCACAAUACCGAUGUUUUGCGCUUAUGCACUUCCAUUUGGGUAUUUCACAAUGGUACCCUUACAAGGACAUGCAAAACUGAGGAUAUUGUAGACAGUAGUUCACUCUCAAAGAUUAUAGAGGACUGCAUUUUAGAGCAGUAA